AUGGGCGCCAUGCCCUGGCUGCUGCUGGCCGUCUCUCGCUUCGCCAACGCCGCCUGCGAGUGCGGAUACUCGCUCAACCAGACGACCGACUCGGAAUAUGCCGUCUUCACCGAGCUCCUGGAGAACGACUUCAUCCACAUGGACACGGACAACCUCACCGAGUACGGCUGGAGACCGCAGGUCUACAACGUCUCCGUCCCCGCCGACAACCACCGCAUCGCUUUCGGCAAGGAGUUCAGCAUGGGCAACAUCGUCCCCAACCCGCUCAAGGACUCGAAGAUGUGGGCUGGCGACGCUGACCAUGGCGGUGAUGCCGGCCUGGAGUUGUGGGUUCGCGGCGACCACUCGCACGGCUUCGUCAACGGCUCGGAGAUUGUCUCCGUCCGCGAUGACAUCCUCCUCGGCAGCUUCCGUGUUGGCAUGAAGCUCUCCAACUCGUCGGGGACGUGUGGUGCUUUCUUCUUCUACUACAACAACUCGCAAGAGAUCGACAUGGAGUUCCUCUCGCAUGAGUUCAACAGCUCAGGAGGCGCUGUCAACCUGGUCCUGCAAUCGCCGGAAUCCGUGGCUCACGGAAACGACGCUGCUGGCACCCCUACCUACAAGGUUGCGCCUCUGCCCUUUGAGCCCGACAACAUGUUCCACGAGUACCGCUUCGACUGGACCGCAGACCGCGUUGCCUUCUACGUUGACGGUGCGUUCCUCUGGGAGAUGACUGAGCAGAUCCCCAGCGAGGGAGGCGGCAUCUUCUUCAACCACUGGAGCAACGGUGACCCCUUGUGGUCGGCUGGACCACCCGACGCCGACACUGUCAUGACGCUGUCCUACGUGAAGGGAUACUUCAACUCUACCGACACGGAGCGCUCGCAAAACGACUACAAGAAGCGUUGCCCGGUAUUCGACCCCGCCAAGGUCUGCCCAAUCCCCGCGCAAACCAGCCCUCCGGAUGCAUCGCAGGGCACAGACGGAGCGAAGACGUAUUUCUUCUCGAAAGAAGAGAACAUGACACCCGGCCAGAUCACGUACCACAGCGGCGCAACCUUGUUCAACGCACCGGCGAUAUCCAUCCUAGCCCCCUUGGUGGUCACUCUUCUCAGCUGGACACUAGCCUAG